CUCUCUCUCUCUCUCUCUCUCUCAUCAUACCACACUGUACCCAGGGCAAUUCUGAUAUUCUGUUGUUUUAUAUGUACAAUAUCGUUGAAACUACCAGAGAUAUAAUUUUAAGAAACACAAGAAUGCAUACUUGUUAAUAGCCUACAUGUAAUCACAUGACUCCGAACAAACCAGGCAACUUUGGUUAUACUGAACUCAUUUAAACUUUAACACCAGGGGUUUCAUUUAUGAAGAUGUGCACAGAACAAGUUCUAAAUUUGUGCGGAAGAGCCGCAAGUAUGCACGAGUAAAUUACCAUUUACUGCACGUGUGUACGCACAGCUUUGCGCAAUGGACCUUGAUGAAAAAAAUCACCAUAUAUGGUAAGCAACUUCCCUUUAAAACCCAGUCAGCUGCUUGUUGCGACACGGGGAAUGUAAAUGAUCUAAAGCAGGGGUGUCCAGACUUUUUUCAAAGGGGGCCAGAUUGGACCUCAUUAAAAUUUGGAGAUUCAAAGCAUACUUCAAAAUCAUGAAUGGUGUAGGAAUUACAGCACUUUUUAUAUGUGAUCACCCCCCAAUUUCAGGGACCAAAAGUAAGUGGACAAUCUAACAAUCAUAAAUUAAAUAGUCAUUUUUUAAUACUUGUUUAACUUUAAUUAAGGACUAUUUCAAGAAUUCACAAACCGUUUUCCAUGCUCAGUGGCUUCCAGAAAUCACUACUUCUCACUGUUAACUUUGGCUUUUUGUCUGUAGCCAUGACUGAAGACCAUUCUGUAAAUUAAUUAGCAGGUGCAUUCAGAGAAAAAAAGGCUCUUGUGAUUUAGCAAUAGUGAUUAACACAGUCUGCUGCCACUGUCAGGUGAAAGCAGAGCAGUUAACAUCUGUCCACGGGCCGCGUUUGGCCCCGGAGCUGGACUUUGGACACUCCUGCUUUAAGGAGAUGAACUUCACCAGCAAUGAAGUAGAGAUACUGUUGCACAAAGUAGAGUAAUACAAAAAUGGUUUAUCUGGCUCUUUUACAUGUGGUUUGUCAGGAUCAACUGAAACUGCAUGAUGCAGGAAAUCCACUGAUGAGCCGCUCAUCACUCUCAGCAAAGCCAGCUCCAAAGCCAAUCAUCUGUCUGAUGAUAUCUGCAUCAUCCCCAUCAGUGUUCACAUUUUAUUAUGAUUUUACUUCCCAGUUCAUCCAUGACCUGUCUGCUGCACCCUGUUGGCAGCACUGCAGUAAGUAAUCUCUCUCUUAAUUACGCUGAUGUUAUUAAGUGGGAUGGGAGCGCCUCAUAAUCAGUUUAACUGAUAUUACACUGUUCUGCUGCUAGAGGUUCCUGGAUGCACAUGGUCAGGAGUAGUUCUAAAUGUAUGCACACCCUCAUGCACAAGAAUAACUUGAUAAAUCACAUUCUUUCCAGUUUACACACAAAGCUAUGUGUACACACAGUUGAUAAAUGGGGUUGAAAAGUUUAGAACAAGUGCUAAUUUUGUGUUUAACCCAGUAUGUGCUAGAGAACUGCCACUUAGCACACAUGCUCAACUGCUCUGUUCGUGCACGGCCACACCCAUUUACAUAUAGAACUGCCCCCAAAUCACCAUAUAUGGUAAACAGCUUGCUUUCGUGGCUGUGUGUGUGCAUUCUAUUUCCCCAGUUACAUUUGGAAAAGCUGUGAUGGUGUGAAAAUCUCUCAUUAUUGUAGUCUUUUCUGCUGCCGUAUUUAAAGAUGCAUUGUGCCCUGAGCCAUGUGAAUGUGUGUAAUUAUUCGGCUCAUGGCUGGGAAAUGCCAGAGCUGUCUCCAGUUACUCGCUUAAUUCUGUUCCACUCUGCACAAGGUGCUGGCAGAGGAACAUUAAACCUAAAAAACACUCAGCACUCUCAGUGAAGAGUUUCUUAAAAACAUCCUCCCUGUGCAAAGCUGCGUGAGACAAGUCUUCAUGCGAGGCAUCAUCCCAGGAAAUGUGUACAGGGGUCUUUUAUAUAGCUUUACAUUUCAUCUGUGUCAUCUGUCUGCCCUUCACACUGAACAGCACAGCCAGUAAUUAGUGUCAGUCAUGCUGAUAGGACUGGCAGUAAGUGGGAUGGGAAAUCCUCAUCAUCAGGUUACCCGCGAUUACACUUUUCUACCACUAGGCUAAUACAUGCAGUAGUUUUAAGUCUACUCCCCCAGGCGCGCAUGCGCACUGUUAAAGCUGGCGAGGUGAGGUGUUGUGUCCUAACCCCGCAGGAAGCCUCCUGAUCAUGCCUCCUCCCACUCACCCUGAGCAGCCUUUACUGCCGAGCUUAUUUUUAUUAUCUGCUUUAUAAUACUGGCGCACGAGAGCGCAGUGUUUCUCCUGUUGGUAUGCUCAACAAUGAUAAUGCCUGGUUGUUACUUGAAAAUGUUUAAUAAAGAUUUAAAAAAAAUUUUCAGCACCUCAGGUGAGACGCUUCUUCCUUCCGUGUAGCCCCGCCCACUGCCCCACCUCAUUUGCAUAUGGCAUUCCGUUUGCGUCAUGCUCCAGAAGUGCGCGCGACAGACGCAGAUAACGGCCGUGGUGUAACGUGUGCAGAGCUCGCUGCAGGCUUCACAACUCCUGCACUCACACUGUAGAUCUUUUACUGAGCUUCCAGUUAAACAACCUUUUAAACAAGUCGAGUGGGAAAGUGUGGAUUUUAGGCCAGGAGCGCCUGAGAAAGUUCUGAACAGAGAGCCUCUGACUGAUCUUCUGACUGAUCCUCUGACUGAUCUUCUAACAGAUCCACCCAGACCGACCGGAAAAAGGCUUCUUUUCUAAGAUUUGUUAGAGCAGCCAUGCCUAUCCCUCCUCCUCCUCCUCCUCUUCCUCCUCCUCCUCCGCCAGCACCACCUCCACCACCCCCACCAGCUGUCCUACAGGCCCAAACCGAGCCUCCUAAAAUCCAGUGCUCUGAAGGAGGCCGCAGCGCACUCCUGGCAGACAUUCAGAAGGGAACCAGACUGAAAAAAGUGACGCAGGUCAAUGACCGCAGUGCUCCCACCCUCAACAAGCCCAGAGUGCACAAUGUGGAUGGGAACAGUGGAGCAGGUGGAAGCUCCGGCGCAACACCCACACAAGGACCUACUCUGAGUGGACUUUUUGCUGGAGGAUUUCCUGUCCUUAGGCCUGUUGGACAGAGAGACAAAGGCCCACACAGCCGUCCAGUGACUCGGUCCGGUUCUGCUGCCAGCCUGAAACAGCCUCUGUGGAACCUGCCCUCUCAGGGAGAGAGUUUCAGGGGUAGCACUCCAGAUCUCUCUCCUUCCCACAGACCUUUGGAAAGGACUUCUUCUCUAUCUAAAACACGUCCUGUCUCUUCCUACACGGCCCCACCUUCCCCCAGCCAACCCACUCCCGCAAGUUUUAAGCCUCUAUCCUCUCCUCCCACUAUGACUCCUCCUCCUCCUCCUCCAUCACUUCUUCAUCAGGAGCAUGCAAGUAACAAGCCACCUCCUCUCUCUACCUGUCCUCCUCCACCUCCUCCUCCUACUCAAAUCACCAAACCCACAUGGUUACCGGUUCAAUCUCACUCUAUUCCGAUGCCCACAAUGCCGCCUCCACCCCCACCUCCCUUGGUCCCACCUUCCUCUCUUUCUGAUAGGUUGCCUGGUUUCUUCUACCCUCUGCCUCCUUCUCCAAAACUAGUAGAUGCUAAGUUUGGUAACUUCAGGGAUAUUCCUCCUCCACCCCCUCCUCCUUUUCCUGCCUCUUUUACACCUAGUCUUCCUGCAUCUGUACCCCCUCCUCCACUCCCCCCGCCGCCUAAAGCUCCCGCGGUGUCCACGUACCGCCCUGCAGUCCCCCUGCUGCCCCCCUCUUACCCCUGCACAGCCCCCUGCCGGAAGCCUCCUGCAGUACCAGGAAGCGCAGGUGCUGGCCGAUUGGCUCCUCCCCCUGCUCCACCCGCUCGUUCUCCUACCACCGAGCUAUCUAGCAGAAUCCCACCCCCUCUGCCACCUCUGCCUCCGGCUCCACCCAUCUCAGUGAGGAAUGGACACCUGCACAGCUUUGAUGACUUCGAAUCCAAGUUUCAUUUCCACCCAGUUGAAGAUUUCCCUCCUCCUGAAGCGUUCAGGCCCUUUCCCAGGAUAUACCCCAGCAAAGAGAACAGAGUGUCAUCACAAGCUCCUGGCAUGAGGACCCACUUAAGAUGAAAAACCUUUUGGUGCUGACUUUCAUCUGACCACAUCUAUCUCAUUAUCACCAUCUGAUGAGUAGAACAAAGGUCCAACUUCAUAUAACGCUGAUCUCUGAACUGAACAAUGUGAAUUGCAUGGAACCAUCAUUAAUUUCAGCACAGACCUCAGGAUACAGUCCAGUAGAAUUGUGUAGCAUCCUAACCGUUAACUCAGAAUGCCCACCUCAGUUUGCAGACUAUGUAAUGGUAAAGAGCUGUAACUCCCUCGCUUCACUGCACUCAGUAUAUAUUGCUUAUAUUCAUAGAUAAUUCUGCUUUAGUCUACAAGAGUGUGUUUAAAGAGUUUCAGACAUUAUCCUCGGUCUAAUCUAGUAAUUCCAGGAGAUGAAGAGUGAAUGAGUCAAACAAUGUAAGAAUAAUUGAGGAUAAGAAGCACUCAAAGAGGGAGCUUAGUUAACUUUUGCAGCACGCUGCCUUGGCCUCGUCACUUUACCUAACUGACUGAUGUACUAACUUUCUAUUAUUUCACAUCACCUUAUUCACAAAGCCUAAGAUCACAUUCAAUCAAACAGAGCAGUGAGUAACAAUCUACCCCAUAGUGUGAAAGGUAGGAAAUAUGAGCUCAGUACCUUUAUUAGAAGUCCAUCUGCUUUUCAUAUUCAGAUUAUACAGUCUAUGGAUUUCCACUGGUUUUUGUCUAUUCCACUUUAGGAGACUUUUUUAUAUAUACUUAUAAAUUCUUUUAUAUAUAUUUAUAU